UGUCGAUGACAGGAAAGUUUUAGUUGGGAAAUAUUUUAUCAAGGCCUUGAGGAAAGAUUCCGCUCCUCCCUUUUUAACGGAACCUGCUCUUGCUACAAUAAAGGGAUGCUCCUAUACAACAGGCGCAUGCUUGAUAACAUUAUAAUAGGUCCUCAAAGUUGCUGAAGUUUUCAUCUGAUGAGAGAUUGUGGAGGUAUGACACUGGGCACAAGAACUGGUGGGUUGUUGAUCUGCAGUGACCUCUCAACUAUGGUUGCCUAUUUGGUCAUAUUUGACCAAUCAAUUAAUUAAUUAUGCAUCAUGGGGAUAUCAGUUUACUGUUUGCCUGUUUUAACUGUUACCAUGGCAGAACUUCAUUUAUUAUUAACCAUUUUGGUGUCUAGGUUUCUUACUCAGACCAUUUUGGACUUAGAUUUUACAUGUCAAUGAAAAUUAACAAUAGCAGAAGGGUAUGGCUUAAUCUUACAAGAAUGCAUCUUACUUCACUGAAAGAGAGAUGUUAAACAUGUAAAACACCCUCUUGCGUUCCAAUGGAGGGCACAACCUCAAGACAAGACAAAGAAAAGGCUCAGAGAACUGUAAGGUUUCGGGUGGCAUCUGCAAAUAGUGGUCGCAUUUUAACUGAGGUUUUCAAGGAUGACACAUUGACAUUGUGUGGCUCAGUGACAGACUCAGUUGACUCGGACUGCACCAGCAACUCGGAGAGCGAGCAGGUGAGCUCCCCACCAACCAGUGAGGCAAAUGGGCAUCUGUGUGGGCUGGUGGGCACAGCGCCGGAUGAUUGCGGGAGUGAUCCGGAUGACCUGCUUAUGUACGCUAGCACCAAAAAGGAGCUGCUCUUUAGCAACAAGCGCAUUAAUAUCUGCAGCAAGAAUGGGACUGUACGUGGUGUGAAGAACAAAGUCAGUGCAGGUCAAGCGCUGUUCAACAACCUUUCCAACCUCUCCAACGUGUAUACAGGUAACCUGCGUGGCAGCCGACCUCAUCUGAAAAAAAUACCAUGGGAAAAAGAUGAUGGGAACUGAGACUGGGUCUACUGACUCUGCUGGCUAUUAUAACACACAACCUGUGGUCUUCAAGAUUUGUGUUUAUGUAUUUACUUCAGGGACAGUCACACUAGGCCCAGUGUCUCAAUUACUCCCCCUGGUCCCUUAUGGUUUAUGACCUGAAUGGUUGAGAUAAUAGGGAAUAAUCAAGCAAUCCUAAAUCCAAUACAGUAGAGAUCCAAACCCUAUAGUUAUGAACAGACUAAUCCUAUAAAUACACCAUUAUUCUAGAGGCUGUGUAAAUCAGCUAUGCCAAACCCUGUAUUGGACAUGUGCUAUUGAAUGGAUGAAUUCAAAAUAAAAAUCUUAAUGUCCUACAAAUCUGUUUUUGAUCAGUAAAAAAAAAACACUUUCACUCAGAGUUUACAGUCCUAUGACUGUAAGACAACGUACUUCACCAAGGAAAAGUUAUCAGAAUGGAGCAUAAUAUUUCUUUGCUGAUGUUUAUAAAUACUUUCUAAGGUUAAAUGUUUUUGUAAGUGGGCUGCUUUGUGAGUGUAAAUUAGAUGAAAUCAUUUAAGACUGUAUUCUUGGAAGAACAAUGCAUUCGUUAUAUAGUAAAACCAUGCUUAACCAUGCUCUUGCGCUAUUGUAUUUUGAAGACUAAGAACCAUGUAGGUUUGUAAGUUUAUACACGGGUAAUAAUUCUAGCUUUUUCUUUCAUUUUCCAGAUGAAAUAUAUAUAUUUUUUUACCUUUAUUUAACUAGGCAAGUCCAUUUAGAACAAAUUCUUAUUUUCAAUGAUGGCCUAGGAACAGUGGGUUAAGUGCCAUGUUCAGGGGAAGAAUGACAGAUUUUUACCUUGUCAGCUUGGGGAUUCGAUCUUGGAACCUUUUGGUUACUAGUCCAACGCUCUACCCACCUGCCGCCCCAAAUAUGUUAUACUCAAUGUCUGUUUUUUCAUAUCCUGAUUGUAUGCUUUUUAAGACACAAGAUACAGAGAAUUAUACUGUUAAAAUCAAUCUUAAAUA